AUGAGGUAAUGACCUAUUGCCAGCGUUUUCAAUUUGUUUUUAAGUGAUUUGGUACAUCCCACUUCUCUAAAAAUAUUUGUUUGGAAUCCUCAGAAAUGGCACUUCUGUCUUUAUGGGUGUCGGUUUUUCUGAGUGCCUUUUUGACAACAGACAACGCGGUAGCUCCUAAUCCGAUCUAUGGGAAUAAUCAACAAUCCCGUGGUCCGUUUGGUGUUAGCCCAAGUUUGAGAAAUCCUAAACUACGACUUGGACUUCCAUUGGUAAAGACCGCGCCUUCUCAAAAUUCUAACUUAGCCCCGCCUUUGUCAAACCAUCAGGGCGUUCAUGUUAUUGGCAAAGCGGCUCAACAAGCUCCGCCUCUGUCAAACCACCAGGGCGUUUACGUUGUUGGCAAAGCGACUCAACAAGACUCACUUGAAAAGAGACCCGGGGAAUUAAAUCAAAGCCAUCAACUCAGUAUGAGUGUGACACCUAGUAAACAGCCUGCUCGGCAAAUAGCACAGGGUGAUCAGACCAAACCAGCAGCUACUAAGAACGAGGACAAUGACGUCAAUAACAAUAAUUGUGGAUGUUGCUGUGGCACAAAUAAUAACAAUAACGGUGGCAAAAAUAACGGAAACAAUUGUUGUGGCUGCUGCUGUUGCUGUUGCCAGCCGUGUUGCUGCUGUCAGCCAUGUUGUUGUUGUUGUCAUCAUCACCACGAUCACGACCACGACUGUUGCGUGCAUCACGAUUGCUGCGUGCAUCACCUUCAUCACGUUACCCAUGAAUGUCCUUGCACAUGUGCACAAUCUUGCUGCUGUGGAUGCCCACAAAGUUGUGGCUGUGGAUGUGCACAGCCUUGUGGCUGCGGUUGUGGAUGUGGUUGCGGAAGUCUGGACCCACUCUGUCAGGGUUGCGCUGCACCCUGUGGUUGUGGGUUAGCGGCAUGUGGAUGUCCUUUCCAGAUUUCCCCUUGCUGUUGCUGUGGGUACACAACCGAGUGUGGCGAUUAUCACUAUGAUAUCUUCGCAGAAGACAGUGAAGGGCCUGAGAAAGAAGCAAGUAAAAACAAAAAGCAAGAGAAAGGAGAUCGCCGCCAGCUCAUCCUUCCACCAGGAUAUCUUUUCCCCGCGUUUCGCCGUUUCGAAAAGUUUCUCAAGAGGACGAAGGUUCCAUAUUCUAAACGAGUGCACCAGUAUAUGGCAAAGCUGCGCCGUCAAGUGACACCGUUUCAGUUUUGGUAUCCCUAAAAAAUGUGCUUCCAUAGAUGUGCUUAAGUUGUUACAAUUUAGUGUCCACAUUGUAUUGAUACUAAUGGUUUGACUUGGUAUUCAUUGAGGAAAUACAUUGAAAGCAACUGUUA